UUGGAAGAUUUUUUGGGAUGAAAAAUGAAUGUUCUUAAAUUGAAAGAUUUAAAAACUGUACCAGAUAUUUUACAUGUUUAUCCUGAAAACAUCAAGACCGAAGAGACACCGCUAGUUAUUGAUAAUGGAUCAUACAAAUGCAGGGUCGGUUGGGCCACAGAAAAAGAGCCUCAGUUGGUGUUUAAAAACUUGAUAGCCAAGCCUCGUAAAGAGCGAGGCAAAAAAGAUGGAGACAUUCAAGUUGGCAAUGAUAUUACAAACAUCGAAGCAAUGCGUUUUCAGCUAAAAACACAGUUUGAUAAAAAUGUAGUUACUCACUACGAAGCUCAAGAACAUGUGUAUGAUUAUAUCUUUUCGCAUUUGAGUAUCGAUACAGAGGGCUGUGUCAAUCAUCCCAUCAUUCUUACGGAAGCCCUCUUGAAUCCAAACUAUUGUAGAAAUUUAAUGUCGGAGCUGUUAUUUGAAUGCUAUUGUGUUCCCUCUGUUGCUUAUGGAGUCGAUUCUCUAUUUUCUUACCAACACAACAACUGUCAGUCUGAUGGCUUGAUUAUUAGCUUGGGAUACCAAACAAUCCAUGUUAUUCCAAUUCUUGAUGGAAAAGCCGAUAUGAGGCAAACCAAAAGAAUAAAUAUAGGUGGCUUUCAAUGUGUAUAUUAUAUGCACAAACUAUUACAGUUGAAAUAUCCUGCACAUUUCAAUGCAAUCACUUUGAGUCGCGCCGAGGAGUUGAUUCAUGAUCAUUCAAGAAUCGCUGUAGAUUACAAAGAAGAAAUUUCAAAAUGGGCUGAUGCAGAAUAUUAUGACAAUAAUGUACUUAGGGUGCAAUUACCAUAUGUAGCUCCACCAGUAAAUCCAGGCCUCACAGUUGAACAACAAAAAGAAAGGAAACGCGAACUUGCUCGACGAUUAAUGGAAAUUAAUGCCCGAAAACGAGAAGAAAGGCUGGCGGAAGAUGAAGAGCAAUUAAAUCAACUUUUAGCCGUUCAAGAACUUUUAGAAGAAGGAAGUACCGAAGAAUUUAAAAAAGCUCUUCAAAGUCAUUCACUCGCAACUAGAGCAGAUUUGUUGAAAGCCAUAAAUAAUUUACAAGCCAAAAUAGAAAGGACAAAGCAGAAGAUAGUCGCAGCUAAUGCUCAGGAAGAGAACAUUGCAGCGGACGAGCCAAAGCCAAAAGUCCUCAAGUCAAGCCUGCAGCCAAAAGAUCAGCAAGACUUUAAUGAAUGGAUAGCUGACAUUAGGAAAAAGAGACAAGAUAUCUUAGAAAAGCGUGUGGCGAAACGACAACGUCGCCAGGAUAUGGCAAAGCGCAGAACAGCAGCUGGGCAAGAAAGAAUGAGAAUAAUUAGUCAGCUGGCCAAAAAAGACAAAAGAGAUGACGAUUUUGGUAUGCGAGACGAAGAUUGGGACGUUUACAAAGUCAUAAAUAAAGAAGGAGGAGACUCGGAUUCAGAAGCAGAGCAAGAAAGGCUCGUAGAGUUGGAAAACGUUCUGAGACAGCACGAUCCCGAAUUUGAAAACGCUGGAAAUCAGAGCGUACAAAUGGCACCUGGAGAAAUGCACCAGUUACACAUUGGCACAGAACAAUUGAGAACACCCGAAGUAAUCUUUCAGCCGUACAUGAUUGGCGUAAAACAGGGUGGAUUAGCCGGGACCAUCGAACACGUAUUGAAACAAUAUACUCCCGAGGAACAAAAUCGCCUCGUUAGUAAUGUAUUUUUAACUGGUGGCCCAGCUAUUUUUCCAGGUUUAGCAGACCGAUUGCACAAAGAGCUUCUUGAAAUGAGGCCCUUCAAAUCCAAAUUUCAAAUAAACAUUGCGAGAAAUCCCAGCCUAGACGCUUGGUAUGGUGCCAGAGAUUUUGCGUUGAAUGGUAAUUUGUCGGAUUAUCUAGUCACUCGCAAGGAUUACGAGGAAAAAGGAGGAGAGUAUUUCAAAGAACACUCUGCGAGUAAUCCGUACUUUCCGUCUCCCGAUCCUUUGCCGUCACAAGCGCCGCUCGUCGCGGAACAAGUCGACGACACAGUUGUUGACGUGGAAGUCGAAUGAAUCAAUUUGUGUAUUAAUAUCUGUACAAAUUACUUUAAUUUAAAUUUUGUAAAGAUCUUGCAAUCACAUAAGGACGAAAUAAAAAGACGAGUCGUUGUAUCUA